GCGAGCGAUAGGGCCUUGUAGUGCGCGGGAAAGAGGCGGAGCGUUUGCAGGUGUGAGGGCCGCUGGGUUCUCUUUGCGAGGCCACCUGCGAGCUGCGGCCUCUCCUGGCGGUUCUGGUCUGGGCAGUCCUCACUUUUCAGUGCCUUGGGUAGGGUUAGUGUGGGCUUGGUCACCGGAAGCCGCGUCCACAGCGCUCGGGCCUUGGAACCCCAGCUGCCCAGCCUCCGUGAGGGCCAACUUUGACUUUUCUUUUUUCAAAAAGAUUUUACGCAAAUAAUUUAAUCAAAUUAUUCCCCCAACAGAUCCAGAUAGCCUUCCAGUUCCUGAUAAGGACAGAGAGACCUUGACAACUUCUGUGGCCCAGAUUUCUCUAGGGAGGGAUAAAAUGAGUAAGAGGAAGAAGCUUCGGACCUCAGGAGGAGAAGGAAUCCGUCCUCUGAAAUUUCCAAAGAACCCAAGGCGAGGAGACUCUGAUAGGGCCCCCCAGAAUUCCACAUUGGGCCAUCUGCAUCACCCUGAAGAGUCAGCAGGCAGAUCAGGACCCGCUCCCUCUGCAGAGCAGAGCAGGGAGGAUCCAGGACAGGCAGCCCCCAGCUCUCCUGAUAAGGAAGCAGGAGCUCCCUCCAGGCUCCCCGGGCAACCAGAAAAGGAACCCGUUCCCUUUCCUCCUUCCCAGAACUCAGUUGGGAGGUUUGUCCCCCAGUUUGCAAAACCCAGGAAGAUAGUGACAAGACAAGCAGAGAGGAGGGAAGAGGACCUCAGGAGUGGGGCCUUCAGCUCGGAAACACUGCCAGAGCCCAGUUACCAGCAGGCUGGAAGCCAGCCUCAGGAGGGGUCCCCAGGUCUUGUUCUCCAGGAGGCCAGGGACCCAGGAGACCAGACCCAGGCAGAUGGCACCUGCCCCGAGCCCAAUGGCCAAAACCCUGUGAUGCCUGUGCCCAGCAGUGGGGAUCCUGAGCCUGUAGCCUCCACCAAUGCUUCCCCGAAGUGGGGGACAAUGUCCUCAGCCUCAGGGGGGGCCAGCCAGGACCACCUGUCAGAGCAAGGGACCAAUGGGCCAGAUGGUGGAAGCACGGAGGAGGGUUGUGUCCCAGGCGAUCACAGCCAGACAGGGCACCUGCCAAAUAGUGAUGCUGAAGAGAAGGAGCCAGACCAAGGAGCCCCCCACGGGGGAGGUGCCCAACGGGGAGCAGGGGCUGGCCUGCCUGAGGACCACCAGGAGGAAGGAGAUGGCAUCCUGGGCCAGGACACUCCAGGCCCAGUGCUGGGAUCUGCAGCCCAGGGCCCUCCUGACCCCCUGCAGACACCCAGCGGGACUGGCGGGGAGGCAGAAUGGAGCUGUAGCAGCCCAAGACACUCCCCACUUGGAGCCGUUGUCAUUGCAGACGUGGGCACAGACCCUGCUGAGCCAGAACAGAGGGCUCCAGAGGUAGCCAAGCCAGACAGGGAGGUCAGCGCCAGGGUGCCUGCCUCUCCCAGUGGGAAGGCUCCUGAUGGAGGCCUCCGUGGGGCCCUACUCAGCUGCACGCCUCUCGCUGGGGAGACCACAGGAGGCAGAGGGGAGGCAAGGCAAGAGGACAAGCCCCCUGGUGAUGUCCCAGGCGGCCUUGCAGCCUCCCUGCCUCUGGCUCGUGAGAUCCAGGAGCCCACAAUUGGUGCUGGAGAUUCUAGCUCUUUAGCCCGGGAAAUGGGUCCAAGUGUAGGUCAGACACAGGUGCUAAGCCCAGAUCAAGAGGGGCUGGGAGAUGUGUGCACGCUGCCUUUGCCGUUGCAGCCUGUGGGUGAAAAGGCAGCUGAGUUAGGGAGCCAGAGCCACAAACAAGACCUCAAGGGGCUCAGUCUGUCCCUUGGAGCCACUGCUUCACCAGUAUACAGAGAAGCAGUGGACGGCCCUCCGUGGAAUGCCGGGGCACACCAGGGCAGCCCAGACACCCCAGCUGGCCAGCCGGAACAUCCUCCUGACUCUUCAGACCCGGCCAUCUGGGGGUGGUCCCCAGCCAUGGAGCUUGACUUCCUGCCAGACAGCCAGAUACAGGAUGCCCUGGAAGCCCCUGGCUUUGAGGCCCCACCUGAGCAGAUACUGCAGGGCAAGCCAGAGGCAGCACCAUGCCUCAGUCGUCAGGGACAGAGACUGUUUGGAUGGAGCCAUGCACCAGGACAGAUCAGCGCGUCAGAAGGCGCAGGCCUUGAAGAGGACCCCAGGUUGUUUCCUGCAGGGAGUGGGCUGGAGCCUUGCUGGCCUAGCACCAGCCCACAUGCUGAUAGAGGCCCUCUUGCCAAGGCCCAGCCGAGGACCCAAAUGGGGAUCAAGACCUGCGAAGCCGCCAGGAUGGAGGAUGCAACAGACACUGUGCGGGGCCUUGUCAUCGAGCUCUCCAGCCUGAACCGGCUGAUCAUGAGCGCCCAUCGGGACCUGGAGGCCUCCAAGCGCCUCAGCUGCUACCGGAAAGCAAAGCCAGCAAGGAAGGGCCCCACACCGUACACGCCAAAGGGGGCUGGGAACCUCCCUCUAGGGGAGCAGUCCUGGAGGGAUUUGUAGACUGCUUCCCAACUGCUGGGGGAUGGCGGUGUGUGUGCACACGAGCUUGCCGGCCCCCAGAAGGGCCUGAUGUUCCUGCCAAACAGUUGGAAACAAUCCCUCAGCAGACCCCAGAAAGCCCUCAGGCCCCUAUG